UGUGUGCGCACCAACGUAUUCGUCUGUAUAUUCGUAUCUCAUUUGUAAUUAUAUCAAUUUUGUACAUAAAUAUAUACGUACAUAUUUAUGUAUUCCUGCAUGGAGUAUGCGUAAAUGUACGUGUAGGUACGCGCGCACACGAUCGUACAUAUGUAUUUGUUAUAUCUAUAAGUAAAUGUUUAUGUACACGUAUAACGUAUAUAUAGAUGCGCGCGCGUGUAUGCGUGUAUAUGUAUGCGUAUGUACAUAUAUGGAAAUAAUUUUUAUUUGUAUCGUGCAUGUGUUUAUAUGUUUAUACCUGUAUAUGUUGCGCGCGCGCGCGCUUAUACUUAUACUUACAAGUGUCGCGUGUGUCACCUAUAUGUAUGUAUAUGUGAAAGUGUAAUUAUAUGUAUAUAUGAAGAAAUACGUAUAUAAUAUGUAUAUAUACUUGUAUAUUUUACGUGUGAUUAUUAUAUAGUAAACCCAGAUCCAUGGAUCGCACGCGACGAAACGCGCUUUCGAUCACAACGACACGGAAAACUGAUCUAUCUGUACGCGUGUCCCGCUUUCUUAACCUACUCGACUGUACCACCGACGACGACGACGACGACGACGGCGAUGAGGACGACCGAAUGUCCCAACGACCAUACCACCGCUCCGCAGCAAUCAAUACGCAACAAUGGACCGGGACCAAUAAGCUCAGAGCUUUUCUUGACGUAGACGCACGCUCCGUUGCUACACUCUAUUCCCCCACCGCUUCUCAUGCUCUAAUAACAGAGCUUACCAUCAGAGGGCGUCAUAUCGAACAUCGCUGCGCCAAAGCAAAUCUAACCCCUGUCAUAGCAACUUUAAACCACUAAAUGAUUCAGUUUGUGGUAUUGUUAUUUAUUUUUAUACAUAAUAUUAAUAUUUUAUCUUGAAAUAAGAGAUCGAAUAUUCAAAUUACAUAUUUGUUUUGAAUAAUUAUUUUCGUAUUUUAAUCUUAUUCAUGAAU